AUGACUUCUCACAAGAUCCUUGUCCUUCCAGGCGACGGCGUUGGCCCCGAGAUCAUCGCCGAAGCUAUCAAGGUCCUUGAUGUGAUCCAAAAUGCCUCUAGCGUGACAUUUAAAAUCCGUUCAGAGUUGAUGGGAGGUUGCAGCAUUGACGAGCAUGGUGUAGCCCUAACCCAAGAGGUCCUGGAUAUUGCCAAAGCAAGCGAUGCAGUCUUGUUCGGGUCAGUCGGUGGGCCCAAAUGGGGCGCUGGCAAAGUGCGACCCGAACAGGGCGUCCUCGCCUUGCGUCAUGGACUCAACGCCUUUGCAAACCUCCGUCCAUGCAAGUUCGCAAGCAAGUCUCUUGUCGACCGAGGUCCCAUCCGACCCGAGCUCACAGAGGGAACCGACUUUGUCCUUGUGCGAGAGAACUGCGGGGGUGCUUAUUUCGGAGACAAGACUGAGGAGGAGGACUUUGCAUCGGACGCCUGGGCGUACUCCCGAGCAGAAGUUGAGCGGGUUGCAAAGGUCGCCGCCGACCUAGCCAUGGAGACGGACCCGCCUCAGCAAGUCAUCUCGUGCGACAAGGCAAAUGUUCUUGCGGUCAGUCGGCUUUGGCGAAGAGCCGUGACGAACUUUUUUGCGAGGGAGUAUCCGCAGAUUAAGCUCUCCCACCAGCUUGCCGAUAGCGCGGCCAUGCUUAUGGUGAAAGAUCCCCGCUCUUUCAACGGAGUGGUGCUGAUGGAUAACACGUUUGGCGAUAUCCUUUCAGAUGUGAGUAGCGUAGUCCCGGGAUCACUGGGUCUGCUUCCAUCCGCAUCGAUCUCGAGCACCACCCCUGGCUCGGGGGGCAUCGGCCUUUACGAGCCUAUCCACGGAAGCGCCCCCGACAUUGCAGGCAAAGGAAUCGCUAACCCGGUCGCAACUAUUCUUGCGGCUGCGAUGAUGCUCAAGUACUCAUUUGGGAUGGUUGAUGAGGCAAAGGCCAUUGAUACGGCUGUUGAGAAGGUCUUGGACUCCAAAGACAUUGGCGGCCAUGAGAUACGGACCGCUGACCUGGGUGGGAUUGCAACAACCGUUGAGAUUGGUGAUGCGAUCUGCAAACAACUCGAAAGCCUGUUGAAGUAG